UGUAUCUGUCCCACAGCAGAACUGCAGUCGAGACAAGUCUCUUUGUUUCUCUCUCAACUGAGACCAGCAGGUUAUUUCUUCACAACACAGCAGACUCUCUGCAGGACACUGAGUGUAGAUAUGGCUGCUGCCAGCUGUCUGCUGUCUGAAGAUCAGUUUCUGUGCUCCAUCUGUCUGGAUGUGUUCACUGAUCCAGUCACCAUACCAUGUGGACACAACUUCUGUAAAACCUGCAUCACUACACACUGGAAAAUGAAUGUCAAGUGUCAGUGUCCAAACUGUAAAAAGCUUUUCGGCACCAGACCUGAGCUGCGGGUCAACACCUUCAUCUCUGAGAUGGCUGCUCAGUUCAGACAGUCAGCUCAACAGAAAGCCAGCAGCAGCAGCUCAGAGCAACAAGUUUCCAAACCAGGAGAAGUUCCCUGUGACGUCUGCACUGGAACCAAACUGAAGGCCCUGAAGUCCUGCCUGGUGUGUCUGGUCUCCUACUGUGAGAUUCACCUGGAGCCUCAUCUGACAAAACCAGGCCUUAAAAGACAUCAGCUGAUCGACCCUGUGGAGAACCUGGAAGGCAGGAUGUGUCUGAAGCACGAUAAACUGCUGGAGCUGUUCUGUAAGACCGACCAGAUGUGUGUCUGCAUGCUCUGCACUGUUUUAGACCACAAGACACAUGAUGUUGUUCCUCUGAGAGAAGAAUAUGAAGGAAAGAAGGCCGAGCUGGGGAAGACAGAGGCUGAAAUUCAGCAGAUGAUCCAGAAGAGACGACUGAAGAUUGAGGAGAUCAAACACUCAGUGGAGCUCAGUGAGGAAGAUGCAGACAGAGAGAUAGCAGAUGGUGUUCAGGUCUUCACCGCUCUGAAGGAGUCUGUUGAGAGAAGCCAGGCCGAGCUCAUGGACACGAUCAAAGAGAAGCAGAGAAAGACAGAGAAACAGGCUGAAGGCUUCAUCAAAGAGCUGGAACAGGAAAUCUCUGAGCUGAAGAAGAGGAGCACUGAGGUGGAGCAGCUCUCACGCUCUGAAGACCACCUCCACCUCCUCCAAAGCUUCACUUCCCUGAACACUGCUCCACCCACCAAGGACUGGACAGAGGUCAGCGUCCGUCCACCUUCAUAUGAAGAGACUAUGAAAAGAGCUUUGAGUCAGCUGGAGGAGACGCUCAGUAAACAGAUGAAGAAGCUGUUUGAGGUCGAGCUGAAGAGGGUCCAGCAGUCUGCAGUGGAUGUGACACUUGAUCCUGAUACAGCACAUCCUACACUCAUCCUGUCUGAUGAUGGGAAACAAGUAAAGCUUGGUGAUGUGUGGAAGAAUGUCCCAGACAAUCCGAAGAGAUUUUAUGCUUAUGUUAAUGUCUUAGCAAAGCAGAGUUUCUCUUCAGGAAGAUUUUAUUAUGAGGUUCAGGUUAAAGGGAAGACUGAGUGGAAUUUAGGAGUGGCCAGAGAGUCGAUCAACAGGAAGGGAGAAAUCGCAGCAAACCCUCAGAAUGGCUUCUGGUUAUUAUCUUUGAGAAAUGAAAAUGAGUAUUAUGCCCGUGCCGGCCCUGAUAUCCGUCUCUCUCUGAAGUCUCGGCCUGAGAAGGUGGGGGUGUUUGUGGAUUAUGAGGAGGGUCUGGUCUCCUUUUAUGAUGUUGAUGCUGCAGCUCUUAUCUACUCCUUUACUGGCUGCUCCUUCACUGAGAAACUCUACCCAUACUUCAGUCCCUGUACUAACAAUGAUAGUAAAAACUCUGCCCCUCUGAUCAUCUCUCCUGUCACACUAAGUAGAACAGCCACUUAAUUUUCUGCAAACAGACUGCAAAACACUUAAUAAAAGAAAAUUGCACAUUUACCAGCACUGUUGGCCUUUCAUGCUGAGUUCUUUUUCAGACUCUGAUGAAUGUUUUUUCCCCUUUUUUGAUGCACAGUUGGGACUUUUUGGAAAAUGUUUCUAUGCUUUUUUGUUUUUUCUAAAUACUGCUGCUAAAUUUUUCAUGGAUUCCUAAAUUCAUUUGAAAAAACUUAAUUACAUGCACAAUAACAAGAUUCUUCUGUGAUUUUUUGUGUCCUGUAUCCAAACAGUAUUUGUUGUGCAUUUUCAAUCUGUUCAUGAAAACAAACUCCUGUAACUUCUCGUGCUCUGAUACUUAAAAAGAAAUUUUGUCACAGAUGAUUGUGCAGACUAUUUUCUCUUUUAAGUAUAAAGCAACUGAAAUGUUAUAAAAUAAGAUAUGAAUCCACAUUCAAGACAAAUAACAAAUAGAUGACUUACGGUUUAAUAUUUGCAAUUUUUAAAUUUAGACAUUUUGACUUUUUUGCUAUAUGCACAUUAAAAUAUCCUAAUAUUGAUCUUAUUUAGGAUACCACAUUUACAUGAGACAUGUUAACCUGGUCAUCCAGCUCCUAUACAUGAUCAGGAAACUUGAAUAAAUAUAAAAAAACCACCACCUUCACCUUUAUGUUAUGUCUGAAAAACAUUUGCUGUACACAUUUGUUUUCUAAUUGAUAUAUUUUAUAUAACAAUUUUAAUAUGAUGGUGGCAAUAUCAUAUUGUACAGGCAGUGGUGGACGAAGUAGGCUGACACCAUCCUUAAGGUCAGUAAAAGUAUUAAUACCACACUGAAAUUACUCCACUAAAAGUAAAAGUCCUGUGUACAAAACCUUACUUAAGUACAAGUCUGUAGGUGUUAUCAGCAGGAUGUACUCCUGGUAGGCUAUAAAAACUAAAAGUAUUCAUUGCACAGUAAAACAGUGUUUUACUGUUUUAUCUGAUAUGUUUGGAUGAAUGUUCCUGCUGCAUUAAUAUGUAUGUGGCAUGUAAUGCUGGAGAUGUUUAAGGUUGUGCAUUGUAACUGGGUUUAGCAGUGGAUGGAGAUUGUUUGGCUCUGAAAACUGCGGCUGCCUUGAUCUCGCGAGAAUAUUGUUGUCCACUUUUGCAUGAUGUCAGAGGAAGUCGGAACGAAGUCGGACACUAACCAGCAUGCAUUGUGCUGCGAUCGGCAGUGAUCGAUUCUGUGCAGGCCGGCUCAUUUCCAAUGAGCCAAAUCUCACCAGAUUGAGGCAGCUGCAGUUUUUAGAGCCAGGCACUGCAGCUGGUCUCCACCGACUACAAGCCCCAGGGCAUGAUGGGAAACACCUGGCUCUCACCUGAUCUAACAGCUGAUUGGUUUAGAUGUUGACUCAAUAAUAUAAUGUUUUAGAUAAACUUUUCAUUUUUGUUGAAUUGGAGAGAUUUUGAUACUAACUGUCUGAUUUGAAGGUUUAUUCUGUGAACAGAAAACAUGCUGUGGCAGAUGGUGAAGUUUAGUAGUCAAAGAGACUGAAUACAUUCACAUUACAGAUCCUAACCUAUACAUAGUCUAUAUCAGUGGUUCUUAAAUGGUGUGCCGUGAUGCCAGUCUGUGUGUGUGUUGUGGGAUUUUUUGAUUACCACACAUUAUUAUUCCAGUAUUCAACUGGGCCUCUUCAAAAAGUUAUGAAUGAAUUCUUAAUUGACUGCAUCAGUAUGUUGUUUGCACCCAUUUCCCAAUAAAGAGGCAACUCUAGCUAAAAAUGUAAUUUCAUUUGAUUUAAUUUAAAAAACCUUCAUAGGGAACCUAUUUGUUGCCAUUCGCGCAUGGGAAUUAUCAGUGUGUGACUCAUCAAAAGCCCUGAUUGGCAGCCAGUGUGAGGCAUGAUGACAUUUAAAAGGAGACAGCAGUGAGUGUGACGAUGGAUCGCUUUAUUGUACAGAGCAAAUUACAACAAAGCACCAGUGAAGGCGACCUACAACCUAAAGAAAAAAGAAAAAAACUGUCAUUAGACAGUAUCAUGAAAACUAUCUGUCUUAUUUUUAAUGUUUUGAUAAGAGUGAUAACACACGUUAUAGAAGCUGUUGUGCACAGAUAUAAAUACAGGUGUGCUUUGAGAUUUUAGCUCGCCCUUUGGUGUGCCUCAGGAACCAAAAGUUUGAAAACCACUGAUCUGUAUUUACACUGGACUGUUUUAAUUAUUGAAAUACUUAGCGACACAAAGACUUGUGGUCAGUAGGAUGAGAGGAUUCUUAAAAUCAAGAGAGGAUGGCAGAAGAAAGACCUGCACACCAGUUCAACUGAGCUGGACAGUCACAAAAAAGGUUCACAGGCUGAGAUCAAUGCCCAAACAUGUCAAUUAAUUCAAAACAUUAGUGCACAAAAAGAAGAGUGCUCAAAGUGCAAAAUACUUAAAUAAAAAGUGAUAAAAACAGCAGCAAAUGUCUCAGUCCUUGAUUAUCAUCAGUGCUCAGUUCAGUUGAUGUUCGGGUAUUUCUUCUGCCAUCCUCUCUUGACUGUCCAGUGCACCAACACACCCAAGAUAAACUUUGUUGUUGCCCUGAGUGGGUGCAGUUUCACAGCAGCCCUGAGGAUUCUUAAACGUAACAUCUGUCCAGAUGUGAAGCCCUGACUGUAUCUGACCGAUCUUUAAUAAAAGCUGUUGUCUUGUAUUUCUUUCCUCUCUGUGUUUUCAUGUUCUGUAUUUGAGGGGACAGUUCUGCUCAGCUGGUUAAUCUACAGCAGCAAACUGAUAUGAUGCUGAUUUACAUAAGAAUUCAUGUGGAAGUUGAACAGAUCGCAUGUGAAGCAUUUUAUUAGGCUACUCUGUCAUCAUUAAAACAGUUCAUGUCU